AUGGAUCCCCCGGCCUCGGCCUCGAGGGUCUUCUGCAGCCGCAUCCUGAGCAUGGUGAACGUGGAUGAUGUCAACGCCAUCAUCCUGGCCCAGAAGAACAUGCUGGACCGCUUUGAGAAAACCAACGAGAUGCUGGUGAACUUCAACAACCUAUCAAACGCCCGCCUGCAGCAGAUGAACGAGCGCUUCCUGCACCACACGAGGACCCUGAUGGAGAUGAAGCGGGACCUGGACAGCAUCUUCCGCAGGAUCAGGACGCUGAAAGGCAAGCUGGCCAGGCAGUACCCAGAGGCCUUCAGCCACGUCCCCGAGGCAUCCCUCCUGGAGGAUGAUGAUGAAGACCCCAUCCCACCCAGCAUCACGACCACCAUUGCCACCUCGGAACAGAGCACAGGUUCCUGUGACACGAGCCCAGAUACCAUCUCACCCCCCCUCAGCCCUGGAUUUGAGGACCUGUCCCAAAUCCAGCCCAGUUCCCCUGCCUUCAAUGACCACGGUCAGAUGGAUGAUAAGCAGAUGCCGGGCCAGUAG